AUGCCUUCAUCCAUUUUGUCGACUCCUAGUACACCUCAAAUCCCUGAGACUGGCUACAGUCCGAUCACCCAAAUUCACUCUCCUGCCAGUAUAUGUCGCUCUCAGAACUCAACUGCUUCCUCGUUCUUUUCGGUAACCGAAACCGAUGAGGCAUUACAAUUGGAUGACAAAAGAAUAGAUACUAAUGAGGUUGGGGGAGAGCGAGAUAAAAUAUCGUCUGUUUCUAUUCUGCCUGAAGUAGAUAUACCGCAUCAAAAUAACACUCCUUCUAAGGCGCAAGAUUUUGACUCUCUUGCUGAUCUUUUUAGUUUCAUCGCCCUGCAAACAACGAAAAAGAAGGCGGUUUCAGGUUUGCUUUUUCCUUUUUAA